UGUUAAAAAAUCAGCUUUUCAUUGGCAGGUUAUUCAUAUCUCUGAUCUCAUGCAGGUCUCUGACAUAAAGACAAAUACGUAAUUGUAUUUCUUUGUAAAAUAUUAGAGAGUCCUGAAGCUCACAGUAAGCAUCUCCUUUGAGGAUGACUGAACUGCAUCGUGAAUCUUUACAACAUUCCCAAUUACAGCUAUGUAAAAGAUAGUGGUUCUUCUAUAAACACAUUCAUUUUCUGAGCUCCUGAUCAGAUUCACUUCUAUAGAUCCGGAAGCACAAAUUCACCUUUCAGUCCUUCUAAGCAGUUUCAGUGUGACUAUUUGGCAGUACUGCUGGAGUUUCACCUCUUCGUUAUUCUUAGUGAUUACAAGAUUACUGUUACUUUCAUUUUGGACAUUGCCCUCAUUCAAUUCUUCUCAUUAUAAUGGGACUUCCAACCUCCGUAUCAGAGGCAAGUAGGUCCUGCAAACACGCAGAGUCAGGGAAACAGGCACGAGUGGACCAGCUGUUCCCCUCCCAGGGCUGGUCUGACAGAAAACAGUUGAUUUGACAACCCCAGAGAGCUCCAAACAGGCGUGUUCUAGCAUCCUGAUACAGCGGCUUCUCUGAAUAGUGCUAUCCCAGAGCAAGGUAAUUUUCUGUGGGUGAACACAAUGACUCUUCCUAACUUGUCAUAGGGCAGAAACAGUCCAAAUGUUAGUUUUACAACAUCUUAUCUCUCAGGGUUUUUAAAUUACUUUGACAUUCCCAGCUAUCAAAUUACUAAAAAGAUUCUUUACCCUUUUUAUUUCUAAGAAUUUCUUGAUAGGUCUAAUCUAUUUUGCAUGGGGAACAUUUUCUUAAGGAAUGGGGAAGAGAGAGGACAUUGAUUCUUAGAGGCUUACUUGCCACUCUAUAUUAUUUUCGGAGAGAGGAAGAGUGUGUCUUUUACUUCUUUUGACAAGGUGUUGAUACAUCUAACUUCAUGGAAGUAAGUAACAAAAGGAGCACCUCAAAGUUAAUUUGGUCUUGAUCAUCAUUCUUCUGAAGCAAGUUUCUAAGUAUCAAAGAUAAAAGAUAUACAAAAGACAGAGACUGUUUUCUUAUAACAACAGUGAUGCAGUUGAAGUUUAAUUGAAAGACACUUUCCAAGAAGAGAUCUUCUGUCUGGAGUAAUUUUAAUGUACAAAUGAGGGAACCUAAUCUGAGGUUUGUUUAGAUCUGAAAUGAAGGGGUUGGACAGAUCUCAAGGAUACUUUUUUAUUCUCAUAUUCUCUAAUUUUAGUUAUAAAAAGCUUGCAGCCACUCAGAUGUAGUGGCAUCACAUCCAAAAAGCAAGCAGCUGUUUGAAAAUACACUUACUUGAGUAAACAAGGAACAUUUUCUAGCAUGGUAUAGUAAUUAUUUGAUACAUCCUGCAGCUCAUAUAAUCCUCUAGUGUUAAUAACGUGAUCAGACAACCAGUUCUGCUACAAAUUUGCUUAUGAAGCAGCACUUGUUUGUAACGUCUCAUAAGAUGUGGUAGUUUUGAGGUUUUAGUGGUAAUAGAAAUCAGUGGGACUGAAGCCAUCACUGACUAAUCCCUGAUGAAUUAUAUAAUAGAUCUCUUUUAAAUUUUAAUAGCCAACUGAUGCAUCUUCUGAGAAGAAAAAAAAAAUGCAUCUUGAAAUGCUGUCUAACUCAAAAGUUAGAAUUUGGUGGCAGGAGGAAGGGAGAAGAAGCAGAUGGAGUACACAAGAGAAGAGUAUACUGCAACUGUGUAACUCCAUUGCUGAACCAAGAAGGACAACAAAAUGACCUGAUAUAUGGAAUAGCUUCUUCAUGUGGAACAAUGGAGCAGCCUGAGACUUUUUAGCAUGGAAGAAGGAAUAACGUGAGGGGACAUGAUAGCGGUCCAUGAAAUCAUGAGCGGCAUGAAGAAGAUGGAUGGGGAUGGACUGUUCAGUCUCUCUUAAUACAAGAACCAGAGGCCAGUGAAGCUGUAAACAGAGCCAGCAUUUACUCUGUCCUCAGAAGACCUCAGGAAAGCAUUUUGACUGCUUAUUCAAGCAAUAUCAACACAGAGAGAGGAUUGUUUAUGCAGCUGUAGACCCUCCAUGCUACCCCGUCACAUGCAGAGGCUGGGCAGAGACUGGAUCGCCCACUGGAAUGGUUCUCAGAUACUCGCCUUGAACAGCCCAGGUUCCAGCUGUAUGAGAUGGGCCGGACACUAUCCUUGGGCCUCGUUUCCACUUCCUGUUCCAGCUGAUUUCUCAGCAAACUGGAGGCUCCCACCAUUUUUUGGACCUUGGAGACAAUUUCAGAACUCUAAUUGGCAGCCUGAUAACUUCACGCAAAGUUCUUGCUUUCACCUACCUAACCCCAGUAUGAAAUCUGAGGGAGAAGAACCUUUGACAAAGAAGAGAAGACUCAGUGGCCAGCAUGAUACUUCAAUUCCUGAAGAAGAAACAAACUUCUCUAAUCAGAAGGAAGCAUUGUGUCUUUCUGUCACACAGAAUGAAGAAAAACAUAGCAGCAAGAAAGGAACAGUCAAAAGACACUGGGAAUAUUUCUGUCAGCACAGUAAAACAAUGAAAAUCUUUGAAAAUAAAGAAACUGACCAAAGCAAUACAGAAAGUGAAGCAAAAUUUGAUUUUACAGUCAUGUCCUACAAUAUCCUCUCACAGAAUUUGUUAGAAGAUAACUCCCACCUGUACAAACACUGCAGGCAACGAUUGUUAAUCUGGACAUACAGAUUUCCCAACAUUCUACAAGAAAUCAAACAGCUGGAUGCAGAUAUACUCUGUUUACAAGAAGUCCAAGAAGACCACUAUAGAACAGAGAUCAAGCUAAGUCUGGAAUCCCUGGGGUAUCACUGUGAGUAUAAAAUGAGGACAGGGAGAAAACCUGAUGGCUGUGCUAUUUGCUUCAAAACUUCUAAGUUUAGCCUGAUUUCAUCAAACCCUGUGGAAUUUUUUCGCCAUGAUAUUCCACUCUUGGACAGGGACAACGUUGGACUGGUGUUGCUUCUGCAGCCUAGACUUCACUAUAAAACUAAUGCUGCAAUCUGUAUAGCCAAUACACAUCUGCUAUAUAACCCAAGGCGAGGAGACAUCAAACUGACCCAGCUUGCAAUGCUCCUGGCAGAGAUUGCUAGUGUUGCCCCUCAGAAAGAUGGUACCUUCUGUCCAAUUAUCUUAUGCGGUGACUUCAAUUCUGUUCCUGGUUCUCCGUUGUACAGAUUUAUAAAGGAAGGAAAGUUAAAUUAUGAAGGACUGGCUAUAGGAAAGGUGUCUGGACAAGAACAGUCUCCAAGGGGACAAAGAAUCUUAUCUAUUCCAAUUUGGCCAAAAAAAUUAGGUAUUUCGCAAAACUGUGUAUAUGAAAUAAAACAUCAACAAAAAGAAGAAAAUGCAGGAGAAAAAUUGGAAGCAGCAGAACUGGACAACACACAGGAGAUUGUAAUAACACCUGAAAAGUUGUCUUCAAAAUUGCAGCACCUAUUUAAAUUGUCUUCAGUUUAUUCUCAUUACUUUCCUGAAACUGGGAUACCAGAAGUAACAACUUGUCACUCCCGAAGUGCUGUCACUGUGGAUUAUAUUUUCUAUUCUGCAGCAAACGAUGAUACUGCUGCCCAGCCAGGAGCAGAGGAUUCUUUUCAUGGAGGUCUGAAACUUCUUGGCAGGCUGGCACUUCUGACAGAGAAAGAUCUUUGGACUGUUAAUGGUCUUCCCAAUGAAAAUAACUCUUCUGACCACCUGCCAUUGCUAGCAGCGUUCAGGCUUAUUGAACGGUAGUAUCCAAAGGACUCUGUGUAGGUAAAGCUACCUUCACCUUCUCUCUUCAUGUGAUUAUUAUUAUUUUUUUAAAGGUUAAUUCAAGCACUGCUGGUUCGGUUUAAGUAAGUUUGCAUGCAUGAUGAUUUGUUAGUGCUGUGUCAAGUAGACUUUUUAAAGAGACUUUUUUAAAAUGUUUAAAUUACUUUAUGAUGACUUUAAGGCAAAAUAAGAAAAGAUUUUACAUUAGCUUCCUCUUUGAUAAUGGAAAACAUCUGUGCCAGUCUCAAAAUGGCAUUAUUUUUCACAGAGAUGCUGUAAAUGGUUUUUAUUGUAAAUCACAGUAAAACUGAUUAUUCUGAGAACUGUGUGCUUCUUCAAGUAAAGGGGAGUGAGUUUGUGUGCAUGCCACACUUUAUAAUGAGCUGAAAGGAAUGUUUUACUAUAAAGUUGCUCUGUAGACAUUUCCGUCUAAAUACUUCUGCAAAGGAAUUUCCUCAGUUACCUAUAGUCAGUGCAGAGGCUGCAAGAAUGGACUCCCAAAGGAGGAAGAUAUCUUUGCAGUAAGGCAAAUAUUUAUGUUCUAAAAACUAACUACUUUAACUUCUAAAAUCUUAAAUAUAGGUAGUGUUCACUGGAAUAUUUUUUAAAGUAUCUGAAAUAAAGCCAAGUUUAAUGAGCACAAAAACUUACAGGAAACUGAAUUGAGCUACUGUAACAAAAAAAAAAUGAGUCCUUGAUAUCUUGAGUCUUCUAUAUAUUGAACAACUGGAAGGUUUUUUUGCAUUUAGUUAAUAAAAACAUCUGGUUGUAUAUUGAAAUGACAGAUCCUGAGGCGUUAAAUGAUCAAGAUUUUAUAUUUACUCUCAUAAUGCACUGAUAAACAUUCUGUGCAAAAUAGGAUUUACAAAAUUAAAAAUGAAAGACUGCCUGAAUAGGAAGCUUGCAGGAGCCAGUGAGGCUGGAAACAAGUCUUGUAACUUGGUCAAACUACAUAUGGGUAUGUAUGUAAAACUGACUUAAUUAAAAGUAACACUUAGAGAAUUAUCUUUCAGUGUAGUGCUGGAAAACCUGCAACCAUAUUCCUGAAAUCACACUCAGAUGCAUUUGUCUCUCAGAAACACUUGUUUAUUCUUCUCCAACCUUAUUUUUGGAAUCUUCAUCUGGGUUUCCUUUUCCUGACUGCAGAAAUUGCAACUGCAAUUACUUUGCACUUUGAGAAUAAUGCGGGAAGUACAGUGGUGUUGUAAUCACAAAACCAGUUGAAAUGAAGAAGUACUUCAGUGUUACAUUGAAAAAUAUGACUACCUACCAAAGCAUUCAGCUUAAAUUACUUGGAAUUUCGAAGGGGGAUGUUUUUCUCAUAAGUAACUGUGGCUGAGGAGCUUUCCUCUACUUACUGUUAACUGUCAAGUUAAUGCUGUAGAUGACUGCCUAUUCAACACUGGCUUUGAUUCAGAUACUUAAUCAGAAAUUCUCAAAGCUGGAGCUGAUAGGUGCAAACAAACAUACUUAACUAGCUGCAACACCUGUCUGGUAGAUACUGGUUACAGCUAAAAACACUGUUCAGCUGUAGCAACCCAUGGAGUCUGGGUUGAGAGAAAAGGCAAAGAGACUGCUCAGCAGGGGAAGGUGGGUAUGGAGAAGUUCUGCUACUUAGAAGAAGCCUUAAGUUGAGCAUCACUUUUCAGGCUUGUCUAAAGCCUCAUCUCUAAAGCAGAGGGUUCACAAUGGUUCCAUUCUCUUCUGCACAGAGCAGCACUUACUGAGGCCAGGCCCAACACCUAGUUAUUUACAGUGCUGGUUUAAAUCUUAAGUUUCAUGCUAAUUUAAAAGCAAACACUUUGGACUUGCUGAUCAAUGGUUCCCAUAGUUGGCUUGUAUUCAGAUAUUGUGUGUUGCUCGGACAUUUCAAAAUGGCAAAAAUGGCCUUCUGAAAAACAUACCCCCACCUCACUGGGAACCACAGGAAAACAUUAAGGCAGUAAGCUGUAUUUGUUCCUCUUCAUUAGUGUAUGUUAUUAUUAAAGGACUAUUAUAAUAAUUUGCUUUCCCUUACAAAAAGAAAAACUGUCACCUCAAGUGUUUUCCCCCAUUUUGAUGACCAUAGCAUGGGGAAAGGGCCAAGGUACUUCUGAAAGAAAAAAGCAGAAGCUGUUUGACAGCAUGCAGUCAUCAGGGCAGCUAGUUCAAGGGUGAUUAUUGUUCCAUAACAAUGUAUUUUCAGGGUUUAAAGACUUGCUUCAGUCUGUCUUUGUAUAACCCAUUAACGGUUACCUAUAGGGUGGGCUUAAGGGCUUUAUGUUCAAUGCUUUCUUUGUAAAGUAAUAAAUAAGGUAGGUAUUUAACAAUCUUCUCAGAAUCUGCCUAUUUUUUUUGGCCUGUCUUGAUUUUGUAAAUGACUUAGAUCUUUUCUGGAAUAGAAACAUGGACAGGACAUAAAAAUAACCCUAAUUAAAAAGACUACCAUAUUUUUAUUGAAGCUUCAUGCUGUGCAUAAACAUACAAGUGAUUAAAAAAACACCAUGCAUGUUUUCUACACUAUUCGACCACUUUGCAGUAAGAAGUCACUAGAACCACACUUAAAACAAAUGCCACCAUAAGCAAGUUUCAAGAGAAUAUUUCAGCUGAAUUUCAAAACAAUAACCAAAACCAAUUUGUCACACACCUCUACAGCAUUAAAAAGUUUCAGUUUAAGUUGGACAUUAAGAGAAAGUAACUCAAAUUAUGCUGGACAAUGGUAAAAACUGUAUACCAACCACCAUUACUUGAAGUAAACCAUGGUUUCAUUAAAAACAAAAACUUGCAACAUACCAGAUAGCCUUGUGCUAUACGAUAUCAAAGUAAGUUUUUCACUUCAUUUUACCCAUAAGAAAUCUAAGGGAUACAGGAAAGAAAGUGUUUAGGUCAAAAGAUACUAAGCAGCAAGUUUAAAACCAAAACUUCGCAGCUGUCCAAUUUCACAAGAAUUUCUACCAAAAGAGUAUUUCCCUCCCUUCAAUUUCACUCCUGAACCAAAAAACAAAUCCUACUGUAAACACACAAGUGGAAAAGUUUUCAGAAAGAGGGAUGGGAAAGGCCUCCCUGUAAUUGAUACAGUAAUCUUGUAUAAAGACAUGUAAUACAUUUAAAAAGUCUUCUUUCUAGACCUUAUGAAGUCUUAAGUAGUAGAAAGCCAUUCACUGGUUGUAGAAGAUUGCUGGGUCUCAGUGUUGUCUUCCUGUCCUAGGUAGGUGAGAUUCAUUGACUUUUUGAGCAACGAGGUCUGUGUACAAGCAGUCAUCUCCUCCUGUAUCCGUUCAGUUCCUGGUUGCUGUCAGUAAGAGCUCCAGGAGCUUAAACCAUUCAGUCCAAGUGGGUGUUACUGUCACUGUGUUACAAUGCCCCAUCUUCAGCAAGAUCCCAAAAAAGUAAUUGCCCAGGAGGGGAGGUACACAAGUCUCAUGGCAGUAUCAUCUAUAAGCACAGCACAAAGGGUAGAGGCUGGACUUGUACAAUAAUCCAGUUUCUAUUUAGGCACCUAAUGAAAUAUUUUCAGGAAUGCAGCACAAAAAUGCUUCCACUGACACAAAGGGCAGACCCCAAGGAAAGUCUUACCGCGUCACUUGAGAACACUGCUGUCCAUCACAGGUCCUUAGCCACGUCUUAGAACAAAAGGACUGAGUAGGGAGGAAGCAGACAAGCUUGAAUUUUCAGCUAUUUCAGACAUACGAGCUUCCUUAUUCAGGUCUGACUAAGCAGCUGUUCCUACAACACAUACAGGAAAAACUCCCUAGAGCAGCAUGGCAGAAGGUUAACUUCAGCCUGCAAUGUCUGAUCUUAAUAUAAGAUGUCAAGGCAACACCAUCUUAGACUGCUCAGCCUUUCAAAUACAAGGUUCAAAGUUACACGCAAAUGCUGAAAGAAAAGGAUAUAGACUCAGGUUAGCAAUUCUGACAUUUUUUCCAUUAUUCCAGGAACAUACAGGAGAAAAACAGACUAAUAGGUGAACACUUAACUCUACAAAACAGCAAUCUCUACAUUUUGUGCUUCAGCAGUGUAGUCCGGAAAGACUAAAAGCUUGUGACAAAGUAUAAAAAAAAUAGGAAAGUUUAAAAAUUCAUUAUUCAAUCAUAAUUUUAAAAACCCCAAACCUCAUAGCUUGCCCAAUACAAUGUCAGUGUUUAAGAAUACACUUGUAUAUUACUAUUACUUAACAUCUUUCAGCAACAUGCACAGAAUAAUAAUACAGGUGGCAGUAAAGCAUCCAGUGCUGUUUUAAUACUACCAGAAAUGCUGGGAAACAGUACAAAUUAGUUACAAAACAAUAAUACUGACAGUUUUGCAUAUCUGUUAAGUUUAGUGAGGUAAUGUUGAUACUUUAAAAACUUAUGCCACUUCUGCACUGCUUGUUCUUAUUGCUGAAUUAAAUAUUAAUACUGAAUAUGAUUUUUUUUUUAACUGCACUGCACCUCAGCACAUCUUAACACUAAGAAGGUGAUUUCUCAGUUAUCCCAAUGCUAUUACCCUGCACAAUGCGCAAAUUCAAUUAAUAUUUGCACAGGGAAGUUUGAAGAAACUCUCACACCACUGGAGUCACCUGCUACACGAUGGAGGGAAAACAAAAAAAAAAAAUCUCACAUCCUGGCAAACUCAAUUUUCGGUUCUUUUCGCUGAUGCCUUUUCUAUAAAUUGAAACCAAAUAAAUAUUGCCACCAAAAAAAAAAA